GAUGGCUCAGUCGGCCGGUCCAAAGUCGCGUAGCUGGUUCGUGCCGAGCUGCGAGAGUGAGGCACAUGGCCCCUGCAGACCGGGCCUCGGAGGGUCCCAGGCUUGAGGCCCCAUCGGCCCCCCACCCCCUUGGAGAGGCAAGGAGAGGAUCCUGCGCCGGUAGUGAGCCUCCACUUCUGUCCUUGACUGCAACACCCUAGUGCCCCCCUGGCUUAGUCAUGGCGAAGCUGGAGACACUGCCUGUGCGUGCUGACCCAGGGCGAGAUCCCCUCCUGGCCUUCGCCCCUCGGCCCUCUGAGCUCGGACCCCCAGACCCUCGCCUGGCCAUGGGCAGUGUGGGCAGUGGAGUGGCUCACACCCAGGAGUUUGCCAUGAAAAGUGUGGGUACCCGCACAGGGGGUGGGGGCAGCCAGGGCAGUUUCCCUGGUCCCCGUGGCAGUGGGGUCAGCAGGGAGAGGCCAGGCCGCUACCCCUCAGAGGACAAGGCUCUCGCCAAUUCACUCUACCUCAAUGGCGAGCUACGGGGCAGCGAUCACACGGACGUCUGUGGCAACGUGGUGGGCAGCAGCGGCGGCAGCAGCAGCAGUGGCGGCAGUGAUAAGGCCCCCCCACAGUAUCGUGAGCCCAGCCACCCGCCCAAGCUCCUGGCCACCUCUGGCAAGCUAGACCAGUGCUCAGAGCCGCUAGUUCGGCCUUCGGCCUUCAAGCCUGUUGUACCCAAGAACUUCCACUCCAUGCAGAACUUGUGCCCCCCACAGACCAACGGGACCCCUGAGGGACGACAGGGCCCUGGUGGCCUCAAGGGUGGACUGGACAAGUCUCGGACCAUGACCCCAGCGGGCGGGGGUGGGAGCGGCCUCUCAGACUCAGGCCGGAACUCACUCACAAGCCUGCCCACCUACAGUUCCAGCUAUAGCCAGCACCUGGCGCCCCUCAGUGCCUCCACCAGCCAUAUCAACCGCAUUGGCACUGCCAGCUAUGGUAGUGGCAGUGGUGGUGGCAGCAGUGGUGGGUCGGGCUACCAGGACCUGGCAACGUCUGACAGUGGGCGGGCCUCCAGCAAGAGUGGGUCAUCCUCAUCCAUGGGGCGACCAGGUCACCUGGGAUCCGGGGAGGGUGGAGGAGGAGGCCUGCCAUUUGCGGCCUGCUCACCACCUUCGCCCAGUGCUCUGAUCCAGGAGCUAGAGGAGCGGCUGUGGGAGAAGGAGCAGGAGGUGGCAGCUCUGCGGCGUAGCCUGGAGCAGAGUGAGGCGGCAGUGGCCCAGGUGCUGGAGGAGCGGCAGAAGGCCUGGGAGCGUGAGCUGGCUGAGCUGCGGCAGGGCUGCAGUGGCAAGCUGCAGCAGGUGGCCCGGCGCGCCCAGCGCGCCCAGCAAGGCCUGCAGCUACAGGUGCUGCGGCUGCAGCAGGACAAGAAGCAGCUACAGGAGGAGGCAGCCCGGCUGAUGCGGCAGCGGGAAGAGCUUGAGGACAAGGUUGCCGCCUGCCAGAAGGAACAGGCCGACUUCCUGCCCCGGAUGGAGGAAACUAAGUGGGAGGUAUGCCAGAAGGCUGGGGAGAUUUCCCUUCUGAAGCAGCAGCUGAAGGACUCGCAGGCAGACGUGUCCCAGAAGCUGAAUGAGAUUGUUGGGCUGCGCUCACAGCUGCGGGAGGGCCGGGCCUCCCUGCGGGAGAAGGAGGAGCAGCUGCUCAGCCUGAGGGACUCCUUCAGCAGCAAACAGGCCAGCCUGGAGCUGGGUGAGGGAGAGCUGCCCUCUGCCUGCCUCAAGCCGGCGCUGACCCCAGUGGACCCGGCUGAGCCACAGGAUGCACUGGCCACCUGCGAGAGCGAUGAGGCUAAGAUGCGCCGUCAGGCUGGGGUGGCUGCUGCCGCCUCCUUGGUUUCCUUGGAUGGGGAGGUGGAUGCUGGUGGGGAGAGUGGGACGCGGGCCCUGAGGCGGGAGGUGGGGCGGCUGCAGGCUGAGCUGGCAGCUGAGCGGCGAGCCCGGGAGCGCCAGGGUGCCAGCUUUGCAGAGGAGCGCCGAGUGUGGCUGGAGGAGAAGGAGAAGGUCAUCGAGUACCAGAAGCAGCUGCAGCUGAGUUAUGUGGAGAUGUACCAGCGCAACCAGCAGCUAGAGCGGCGGCUGCGAGAGCGAGGGGCUGCGGGAGGUGCCAGCACACCUACACCCCAACACGGGGAGGAGAAGAAAGCCUGGACCCCCUCCCGCCUUGAGCGCAUCGAGUCCACAGAAAUAUAAGCCCCUACCUGGGCAUGUGGCCUUUUGACAAGUACCCAGUCAAAGGCCAGAGUCCCCAGUAUCCUCUUCCCUGCCAUCUCUUUUCCCCAUUUCCCCUGAAUCCCCAGACCAAAGAGGUUCUCAAAGCAGCUGUGACCAGGCCCCUCCCCUCCCCUCACUGGGUGCCUCCCAGCUCUACCACUGCCCCACUAGGCAGCUCCACUCAACCCACCUCCCAAGGAGGAAAUAGGGGGAGGGCAGAGUGAAUGGGGCUGAGGGCCCAGGCUGCAGGGGAACUCGGGCUCCUUUUCUUGGCACUCCCUUGUUGCAGAGGUGGUAGGCCUUGCAGAGCCAUGAGGUGCCCAGCCCCUUGGUGGGUCUGGGCUGCUACUGUUGGCCACCCUGUGUCCAGAGAUGCUCUCUGUACCAAUCUCCUAGGCCAUGUAGCCUGAGGGGGACUGUGUGGGGUCUGCCAAAGCUGACACUCUGGGCUCCUGGCCUCCCUCUUUCCUGCACUCUUCUCCCUCCCUGGUCAGAUUGGCAGGACAAGUGGGAGCAGAUGGCCUGCCUGCAGUUGAGAGGGCUACCUGCCUAGCCCCUCCCUGCCAAGGUCGCUACAGCCUGGGCUAGUCCUGAGUGUGUGUCUGUAUGUGUAUGUUGGAGGAGGUAAGGGCUGAGGCUGAAGGCUCGGUACCCAGGGAAGUUCUGCUGUCUGGUUCUUGGAAAGGGUCACCUGGAGGCUUCUUAGCUCUACCCUCACCCCUCUGACCAGGAUCCUGUAGGACAACAGCCCCAUUUGCUUGGCUGACCCCACACCUAGGGCCACUAUCCAGCUCUAACUACAGUUAUUAAGUGCCACCUGCCUCUCAGGCACUCCCCUCAUCGAAUUUCUGAGGUCCUAUGAGUGUCUGUGAUGUCUUCCUAUGUCUUCCCACUUGAUUCCCUCAGCCACCUUCUGCUUUCGUGCUCAGCCUACUGCUUUCAUGCUCAGAACAUCAUUGUCCUAGGCCACCUCUUCCCCUAAACCUCACCUUUUCUUCCAGUAGAAAACUCUGCUUGAUCUUUGGUGCACUGCCCACUUCCUAGCUCCUUUGGGCCCAAGCCUGAGCCCAAGGCCCUUGUUUUGGGGGGUGGGGGGGUAACUAUGAUUGCUCUUGAAGAGCAAGGCUGAACUGAGAGAAUCACUGACCCCUGGGUCCAAGAGGCCUGAGGUAGCCCAGUGUUUGCCCAGGGUAGUCCUGGCAUGGCCAUUAGUGGGGGUUGGGGCAGCCAGUCACUUCCUCCUCUGGGGGCCCUCUUAGAGUCCAUCUCCCAAAAUAAGAAGGGAAAGGCAAAUUUCUAACACACCAGCAAUAAAAAUCGGAGGAGGUUUGGCCCUCGGCCCUUGUAUUUUUCUUUUAACUCUCUCCUUCCCACCCCCAAGACUGGGUUUGUGGGGCAGGCUGGAGGGAGCUGGCAACUACUGUGAGCAAUCCCCCGACCCCUGACCAGCCUCCUCUCAUGACUGGUGACUGUUUAAUGAGCUGUGCACCCCCCACACAAACAGGAGUGCCCUUGUGGCCUCUGUUCUGCACAGCCCCUUCUGGUGCCCCUUACCAGUUCUCUGAGCUGGGUAGGGGGCUGUCCUGGCAAUCACUGCCUAUUCCACUCACCCUUCAUUGCACCGGCCCCAGAACCUGGGCCUGGGCCAGAGGGGCAGGAGGAAGAGGAGGCAUUAGUAUGAAAAAAAAAAUUAAAAUGUAGAAAAAAAUAUGAACAGACUCAGCUUUGGGAUUUCCAACCACAAAAGAAAUUAUAUAUAAAUAUAUAUAAAUAUAUAUCUCUACCAUAUGUGAUGG